AUGCUGCUGUUCGUGGGCCUCACGGAAGUCUCCUUCCUGCCGGCCAAGGCAAUUUUGCGGCUCGAGCUGAAGGCGGAGACGGAGCAGGUGCGGGAGCAACUGGGCCUUCUCCUACGGAGCCGCAACUGCGUCAGCAACCUGGACAUUUGCAACUUCCUCUCCCUAGGUAUGUCCACGUACUUCAACUCCUCGGAGACGCACAAGGAAGGUCGCUGCCUGGUGCGCCGCCACGAGAGCACCGAGGAUUACUUCAUGAACCGGCGGCGUCAGCGGUGCUCCUUCUGCUGCCUCCGCUGCGACUGCCGCCUGCAGCUGCGUGUGGCGCGGGGUCUGGAGGAGCGAUGGCUGGUGCUCCGGAAGGACGGCAUUGCCCUCUUCGCCUCUCUGAUGGACGGCGACCCCAAGGACAUGCUCUUCUUCGACACGAGCUUCGCGCGGGCCCAUAGUGGACAGCAGGAAGAAGACAGGUGGUCCAAGUUGGGCCUGCAAAAAGAGUGA